GGAAAUGCUCCGCCAGUGGUGGCUCCGCAGUGUUGGAUCCUGCUCAACUGUCUAUAGGGCUCAUUCUGGGUGCAGUACUUCCGCCGCUGUAAAACCGAAAAGAGCAAUUCCUACAGACGGACUUCAACUAUCAGAUUUCAUAAAAGAAUCCACUAAAAAACAACGCCAGAAAGCAAUCAUUCCGUCAAUCGAGGAUACAAAAGAAUAUCUGAAUCCAGAAGAUUUACAAGGAAAUGGAAGAACUGUGUGCUACGUGACAUAUGGAUGUCAGAUGAAUGUUAGUGACAUGGAAAUCGUUCGAUCUAUCAUGACAAAGUAUGGAUUCGUAGAAAGUGAUAAAAAGGAAAAUGCUGAUAUUGUGCUUCUGAUGACGUGCUCUAUUCGGGAUGGAGCCGAGAAAAAAGUAUGGAAUCAGUUAAAACUGAUCAGAUCGAACUCGGUGAAUAAAGGACAGAUUGUUGGUGUACUGGGUUGCAUGGCAGAACGAGUACGACACGACUUGCUAGAGAAGCGGAAUUUGGUUAAUAUUGUCGCAGGUCCAGACUCGUACCGAGAUCUUCCUCGCCUUGUCGCAGUUGCUGCAGGUGGUUCAAAUGGAAUUAAUGUGCAACUUUCUCUCGAUGAAACGUAUGCAGAUGUGCAACCGAUUCGAGUCGAUAGUGCUUCCAAGACGGCUUUCAUUUCGAUCAUGCGAGGCUGUGACAAUAUGUGCACAUACUGCGUGGUUCCAUUCACAAGAGGAAGAGAACGAAGUCGGCCUAUUGAAUCAAUUGUAGAAGAAGUUCAGAGGCUUCGAGAUCAGGGAUACAAACAGGUCACACUACUUGGACAAAAUGUGAAUAGCUAUAGAGAUAUGACAUCGAUGGAUUUCUCAAUGGCUCCAUCGACAUCACAAGAGGACAGAGUUCCCGGUUUUAAGACUGUUUAUAAACCAAAAAGUGGGGGCCUGACCUUUACAACAUUGCUUGAAAAAGUCGCUGAUGCAGCUCCAGAUAUCCGAUUUCGGUUCACUUCCCCGCAUCCAAAGGAUUUCCCGAUGCAGUUGAUCGAGCUUAUUGCAUCCCGUCCAAAUCUCUGCAAACAACUUCAUCUUCCAGCACAAAGUGGAGAUGAUGAGACAUUGGAACGGAUGGAAAGAGGAUACACAAGAGAUCUGUAUUUGAGAUUAGUUGAUGAUAUUAGACAUGUUUUACCAAGCGUCUCUCUGACAAGUGACUUCAUUGCCGGAUUCUGUGGAGAAACUGAACAAGCUCAUCAGAACACACUUUCCCUCAUUCGAGCCGUUCGUUAUUCAUUCUGCUUCGUUUUCCCCUACAGUAUGCGUGGAAAAACGCGAGCACAUCAUCGGUUAACAGACGAUGUUCCAGAAGAUGUAAAAGCAAGAAGACAUUUAGAUUUGACUACUGUAUUUCGGGAAGAAGCAUUGAAAUUGAACCAAGCGCUUAUCGGGUCGGAACAGACGGUUUUGUUGGAAGGAAAGUCAAAAAGGGAUGCAUCAUUUUCACAUGGAAGGAUCGAUGGUGGUGUGAAAGCAGUGUUCGACAAUUCGAAACUCUGUUUGGAACCUGGUCAAUAUGCAAAGAUUCUGAUCACCGACGCCAAUUCGCAGACAUUGAAAGCGCAACUCAUAGGACAAUCCAGCAUCUGAUCUAUAAAUAUAGUUGAACCUUACACUUCAUAGAGUAGUUAUCUUUGUUGUUUGUUAUUGUUAAAGAUAAAUCGUUUGAGUAC